GUACAGUCACACAUCAGCAUUGCAGCACUGAGUUGGUUAUGAUAAGAGCAGCAAAUGAUGAUCUUCACAGCCUCUUUAUGAAGACUGCCUAUUCAGUGAGGAACAUUUCUAUGGCGGAACUUAAAAUCUGAUAUUAUUGGAUGCUUGAAGAGACAUUUCAUAUCUAGAGAGAAAAGAUGGGAUGUAACUGCAGUUCGGACUAUUCAGACGGGGACUGGAUCGAGAACUUGGAUGAAAUCUGUGAACACUGCAGCUGUCCCAUACCUCCCCAGUCAUGCAAUCCAUACACAGACCAGCUGAUCCCAUCACAGCAUUCACCUCCUACAUCUCCUUUACCAGACAACCUUGUGGUGGCAAUAUACAGUUAUGAACCCAACCAUGAUGGGGACCUGGGCUUUGAGAAGGGAGACAAACUCAAGAUCCUCAACAAGGAUGAUCCAGAGUGGUAUUUGGCCGAGUCUCUCACCACAGGCCAGCAGGGUUACAUCCCAUACAACUUUGUUGCAAUGACCACGGUGGAGACUGAAACGUGGUUCUUUAAGAACAUUUCUAGAAAUGAAGCGAUGAGGCUCCUUCUCGCUCCUGGGAAUACACAGGGCUCCUUCCUGAUUCGAGAGAGCGAGACAACCCCAGGGUCAUACUCCUUAUCAAUCAGGGACUUGGACCACAACACUGGCGAAGGAGUCAAGCACUACAGAAUCCGCAACAUGGACAAUGGAGGCUUCUACAUCACAGCCAAGAUAUCCUUCAACUCACUGAAAGAGCUUGUGCAGCAUCACUCACGAGAUGCAGAUGGAUUGUGCACAAAGCUGUUGAAGCCUUGCCAAUCGAGGGCACCACAGAAGCCUUGGUGGCAGGAUGAGUGGGAGAUUCCUCGUGAGUCUCUGAAACUGGAGCGCAGACUUGGAGCAGGACAAUUUGGAGAAGUCUGGAUGGGUAUCUAUAACAACGACAGAAAAGUGGCGAUUAAGAACCUGAAGAUAGGCACAAUGACGGUGGAAGCUUUUCUGGCAGAGGCCAACAUGAUGAAGAACCUGCAGCAUCCACGCCUUGUGCGCCUCUUUGCUGUUGUUACCCAGGAGCCAAUCUAUAUCGUCACAGAGUACAUGGAGAAUGGUAGCUUAGUGGAUUACCUGAAAACACCAGAAGGAAGCAAUUUGCCAAUGAACACUCUGAUAGACAUGGCAUCUCAGGUUGCUGAUGGAAUGGCCUUUAUUGAGCAGAGAAAUUAUAUUCAUCGAGACCUGAGAGCUGCCAAUAUCCUGGUGUCUCAUGAACUCAUCUGUAAGAUUGCUGACUUUGGACUGGCACGACUGAUUGAGGACAACGAAUACACAGCGAGAGAGGGUGCAAAGUUCCCCAUCAAAUGGACCGCUCCAGAGGCCAUUAACUUUGGCACCUUUUCUAUAAAAUCGGAUGUGUGGUCAUUUGGGAUCCUUCUGACAGAAAUUGUGACAUACGGACGUAUACCUUACCCUGGUAUGUCCAACCCAGAGGUAAUCCAGAACCUUGAGAGGAGCUACAGAAUGCCACGACCAGAAAACUGCUCAGAGGGGCUUUAUAACAUCAUGUGUUUGUGCUGGAGGGAAAACCCUGAAGAUAGGCCUACCUUUGAGUACCUGAGGAGCGUUCUGGAGGAUUUCUUCACUGCCACAGAGAGGCAGUACCAGGAAUAGCCCUGAAAGAGCAGAUCACCAUAAAUAAACUCAAAAAAGGUGCAGCCUGUUGAGAUAGAUGCUGUAUUUUGUUUUGUUGUUGGACAUUAAAUGCCUUUACUUUGAUACAGUACAUGCUAAGAUUCUUCCAGGUAAGAAUACUUUGUUUCUGCAUCAGCCUUCUUCUCAAGUAAGCUUAUUGAAAUGAUACAAUGUAAUUUAAAACUGUGGACCUGUAACUCUUGUAACAGCUGGACCACACGGCAGAAAGGAGGGCUAUCAUGAUGCUUGAGGUAACUGGGAACUUGAGAUGUGGCUGAACAAGCAGCUGCUCUUUGGUGUUGAUUUUUAAUAUGUUCAUACUGUCAAACUAUGUUUCAUCCCUCGGGUAUAAUAAAUAUAAUGCAAGUCAUUUACUAAUCACUUUUCUUUGUUAAAUGUAAUAAAGAUGUACCUCUUAC